GAACAGUGAAUUGGUCCAUAAUGCCGGACAGUAAGCGACCAAAACGCAGCAGCGUGACGUCGGUGCAGCACGGCACUGAGAUGGCGCACGCGCUGGAGGAGACUCACCACGGCGACCACUGUCUGUCGCCACAGCAGCUGGAGGCGCUCUACUGUACCAGCAUUAAGGACGGUCUCUCCGAGGGCAAAGCGGCCGAGCUCCUGCAGCUGCACGGCCCCAACGCCCUCAAGGACCUCCACGGCACCAGCUACUGGAAGAUCUUCCGCCACAACUUCUUCGGCUGGUUCCAGUGCGUGCUCUGGGCCGGCGCCAUUCUCAACUUCAUCGCCUUCGGCACCGCCGACCUCAUCGACACGGGCCACGGCGGCGGACACAACAAGUACGAAUACCUCUACCUCGGCAUCGUUAUCACGGUCACCAUCAUAGGCACUGGCACGUUCGGAUUUUACGUAGAAGCCCAAAACGUGGCCACCAUGAGCGGAUUCGAAAACCUCAUCCCACCGAACGCUACAGUCGUUAGGGACGGAAUCGUAAAGAUAAUACCUAACAGUCAUAUUGUGACCGGUGACAUCGUCGAGAUGAAGGCGGGGGAGACGGUCCCGGCCGACGUGCGCAUCCUGUCGUGCUCCACAUUCUCGACCGACAUGUCGUCGAUGACCGGCGAGUCCAAGCCGGUCGUCCACCGCACCGAGUUCACGAACGUCAACCCCCUAGAAUCGAAAAACAUGGCCUUCUUCACUUGUCCCAUUGUCGAAGGUAGCGCGAGGGCCAUGGUCGUCGACACCGGAGAAAACACGCAGAUUGGAAAAAUUGCCGGCCUCGUCACCGGCCUAGAGAAAGUCGAAACUCCCAUCGCUAAAGAGAUCACUCGUUUCAUCAAAAUAAUUUGCUUAGUCGCGUUCGGUUUUGGAAUUAUCUUCUUCAUCAUGGUAUAUUUGGCGCAGAGGAAUUGGCUCAGCGCCCUGCAGUACAUGCUCGGCAUAAUCCUGGCAAACGUACCAGAAGGACUCAUCGUCACUCUGACAGUCUGCAUGACGUUAUCCGCCAAGCAGUUAAAGAAAAAAAAUUGCCUCGCCAAGAGUCUGCAAGCUGUAGAAACUUUGGGCUCGACCUCAGUCAUAUGCUCUGACAAGACGGGAACGUUAACUGAAAACCGAAUGAGUGUAUCUCAUCUGUUCUGCAACUUUCAUAUAUACAAGAAUACGGAUCACACUCACGUGUCUGACCCUACGUAUGCAGAAUUAUGUUUAGAUGCAUCCCUUAAUCUUAGAGCUCAGUUCGCGCACGAGACCCGCAUGUUACCGAUUGCAAAGAGAAAGAUUAUUGGAGACGCUUCGGAAUGUGCGAUAUUGCGAUACAUGGAGGAGACCCGCUCGGCGACCCAAACGCAGCAGGAAAACCCAAAAGUCGCCGAAAUACCGUUCAGCUCGGCUUGGAAAUAUCAAGUGACAAUUCAUCGCCUGCACGAACUGCUCGCGAACCCGCGUCAGGGUUACUUUGCUGUGAUCAUGAAGGGCGCCCCCGAAAUAAUUCUGGAGCACUGCUCGGAAAUAGCGACGGACGACGGAAGGGUGCCGCUAAGCGUGCAGCUCAAGAGAGAUCUGAAAGUCAAUUUUAUAAAACUUGCCAACAUGGGCGAACGCGUCAUAGGUUACUGCGACAUACUACUGCCAAUGUCAGAAUAUCCUGUCGAUUAUAAAUUCGACACGGAGCAGCGUAACUUUCCUCUCGAGAAUUUGACAUUCAUCGGUGCGAUAUCAAUGAUAGAUCCCCCGAGGGAGGAUAUCGACCUGUACAUAAGUAUAUGCCGGCAGGCGGGGAUCAAGGUGGUGAUGGUGACGGGGGACCACCCCGUGACGGCGCUGGCCAUAUCGCGCAAGUGCGGCACCAUCACGCAGCCCACCGCCUACGACUACGCCUUCGACCACCACAUCGAGGUGGCGGACGUGCCGCCUCACGUGCGCCGGCAGCUCACUGCCGCCGUCAUCACCGGCGACGAUCUCAGGAAAAUGGGGGAAUCGGAACUCAAGAAUGCUUUAAAAAGAUACGAAGAGAUCACUUUCGCUCGCACCAGUCCCCAGCAGAAGCUGAUGAUAGUUGAAGCCUUCCAAUCGCUGAAGUACUGCGUAGCCGUGACCGGAGAUGGCGUCAAUGACUCGCCGGCGCUGAAAAAGGCCGAUAUCGGCAUAGCGAUGGGGAUUACCGGCACUGAAGUAUCCAAAAAAGCCGCAGACAUGAUACUCUUGGACGACAAUUUCUCGUCCAUCGUGCUGGGCGUGCAAGAGGGGAGAAGAAUAUUCGAUAAUUUGAAGAAGACUAUCGCUUACACGCUCACGUCGAAUACGCCAGAAAUGCUGCCGUUUGUUCUGUAUGCGAUCCUGGGGAUACCGUUACCGUUAACGCUGAUGCUUAUCCUGGUCAUCAAUGUGGGUACGGACCUGCUCCCAGCCAUCAGCCUGGCUUACGAGACUUCCGAGGAAGACAUUAUGUCCAUUCCGCCGCGAAAGCUUUCCGAUCAUCUAGUCAACAAAUACUUGAUAUAUAUGGCUUAUUUUCAGAUCGGACUGAUACAAUUUUUUGCCGGCAUAUUUAGUUACUUCAUAGUGUACGCUGAGAGCGGAUUCUUCCCGUCGACCCUUUUCUUCAUUCGCAACAAUUGGGAGCAGAAGGCCGAUACCGUGGAAGAUACGCUCGGCCGUAUUUGGCAUUUUGAUGACAGGAAGAGAUUAGAGAAACGUGCGCAGACGGCUUACUUCGUGGCUACUUGCUGGGCCCAGAUCGCUGACGUGAUUAUUUGCAAGACUCGCCGGAUUACGUUGAUCAAGAAGGGUAUGAGGAACCACGUGCUGAACGCAAGUAUUGUGGUUGAUUUGCUGGCGGCGGUGGUAGUGACGUACGUGCCGGGUUGUAACACAGUGUUCGGCACGGAGUCUCUUCCCGCGCACCACUUCUUUCUCUCGCUCCCGUUCUGUGUGCUGAUGAUACUCGGCGAUGAGCUGCGGAGAUACAUCGUUAGGAACAACAUGAGCGACUGGGUUUCCACGGAGCUUUACUAUUAGCUUUAGC